UCGGGCAGUGUUGCUAGUAGCAAUCCUCAGGAAAGAGGCUCUGAUCCAAUUCACCCAAUCGCACCUCGACGAGGUACGGCGGCAAAUACUCAGCGAUCAUUGGACCUACUGGAAUAUUUUGUCGCCCAGGAACGGCGCAUGUCGGCCAACGACGAUGUGAAGGUGGUGUUCACGGAAAUCAGCAAACUAUGCUGCGCUACCAAGGUGAACGAUAAACAAAUUAUCUUCUGUAACAACUUCGAGCGGGACGAGCCUCCGACGACGACGACACUGGCUCGGCCAGUUCCUCGUCGUUUUCCAACCGGUUCGGAUGGUUGUUUUCGGAUAGUGGCAGCGGUUGCGGUCGAUAAUAGUGAUUCGUUGGAUUAUCUGCAAGUGGCUGAUCUGGGUUCUGAUCCCAUUGCGAGCCAGUGUCGUACUAGUGUCGAAGCUAAGGUGGUGCGGUGGUGCAGCUACGGUGACGCAAUUGGCCGUUCGGUGGAUUCCGAGUAUCCGGCUAGCCGUUCGGUGGCCACCUGGUAUAACUGUAGAGACGAUUCCGGCCCGAAACUUGUACUGGUGGGUGUGAACGAGCGGGGCAGUGCGGAGCAGAUUAGUGACGGCAGACGGCAGCCGCCGCCGGUCCAGGGAUUACCGAACGGAACUUACGGACGCGCCACACCCCACAGAGGUGAUCAUUUUGAGCAGUUCUGUGUCAAGUGUCGAAUAUAUCUGUUGGAAAACUUUCACCAGUUGAAAAACAACUUCGUUAUGUCUCGUUUGGGCGGCAAGGAAUGCGCUCCUAGUGUAGCUUCACGUCACCUGGGUGAAGGCGGGGGCGGUAUUGGCAGUGAUCGCAAGAAACCAUUUUCCAGACCGUUCAACAAAUCCAGUCUGAACUCGUCCUCCAAAAUGUUGAGCCCGUCGUCACCAUCGGAGACCAGUUCCUUGGUACGACAAAACAAUGAACUUCGUCACCGACUGCAAGAGGAGGCAAACAAUUACCGACGUCGAUUGGACACAUACAAACAGGCGCAAAAUAAUCAAGCUGCUCUGGUCAGCCGUCUGCAGGCGAAAGUUCUUCAGUACAAGCAACGUUGUACCGAGCUGGAACAAACUUCUUCAUCCUCGAUCAAUCCUUGUCCAAGCUAUCAACAAACCCGGGAUGUGUCACCGAAUAAACAUCAUCACGUUUCAUCUACGGUAUGCCCUUCCGCGGUCCCACCGUUAGGGCCAUGCUCCGUGACCGGAUCCGCGGGUCCGUUGAGCCUUCCGCCUUGUCCGGUGGCUCGAGAACGAUCCCGCUCCAGGUCACGUUCACAGUCACCCUGUCGGCAGUAUGCCGAAGGAGGCCAUGACGAAGUCCGACACCAGCUCGACGAGGAACGACGUCGUUGCGAAAAAAUGUUGCUCGAGAACUCCCGUCUGCGUCAGCAGCUGGAAGAGUCCCAAAGAAGCAACGAAACGUUAACCAAUGAUCUUCAGAAACUUACCAGCGAUUGGGAAAGUUUGCGUGAUGAGCUGUUAGCGAAGGAGGACGAGUGGAAGGAAGAAGAACAGGCUUUCAACGAUUAUUACAACAACGAACAUACACGGCUGCUGAAAAUGUGGCGCGAAGUGGUAAACGUAAAACGGAUGUUCAAGGAGAUGACCACCACUACCAAGAUGGAACUGGGCCGAAUGCAUCUGGAAUUGACCGGAACCGGCCGUGAGGUGGUCGGUGCGUGCAGUGGAGUUUCCGUCAAUAUAAAACAAACGUCCAAGAUUGAGGAAGCUCAGCAGAUGCACAUCGAACGGGAAAAUCUGGAUCUCAAAUCACAGCUGGGAGAAUUACGUAUGCAGCAUGAAAAUGCAAAGCUGGAAAUAGCACAGCGUGAUCAACGUCUUCAGCAGAUGCUGGGGGAUCUGAAAGUGAUGGAAGAACGCUACAGUCAAGCGGAAAGUCAGGUCGGACAAACGCAGCGUCUGAACGAUGAGCUUGAGCGUCUGCAGACAGCCCUGCGAGACAUCGCCCAUGCCGUGGUUCACGAUGCCGAAUCAGCCGCCAAUUCGGAGACCGACUCAUCCGGGCAUCAUCUGCACCUUUCGCAGUCCGGUGCUGUUCCGGUUUCACCGCGGUCUCCUAAACGUGGAACACUGCGAACGUCACAGGCAUUUGCCGAAGGCACCAUUUCGGCCGUCCAGGCUGCCUUACAUAAGUAUCAGCUUUCGAUUCAUGAUCUACAGGUCAAACUGCAAAGCAACGGUGAUGCGUUGGUGGCCAGCAAGAAGCAACUCGAGAACUGCGAACACACCCGGGAGGUUCUCACGGGAAAAGUUUCCGAACUAACCGAGAAGCUGGAUUCGGCUAACCAUCAGCUGAUCGAACUGCACAAGGAACGGGACAGUCUGCAGAAAACGUUGGACGGUUUGCGAACCGAUAAACACUCGGUGGAGCGUGGAAAGGCGGAGUUGAACUCUAUUGUCGAUAGUUUAAACACCGAUUACGAGAAACUUCAGCAUGUCAACAGUAAGCUGCAGAAGAUGUACGAUUCACUCGAAGACGAAAAGAAGAUGGUCGAAAACGAACUUCAACGGGUCCAGAAGGAGAAGGAUAUUCAGGAAAUGACUCUAAGAGCCGAAGAAGAACGUUCAAGCCGCUUGCGGGAGGAAACCAUUACCCUACGGGAGGAAUUGAAUAAACUCUACCUGUCGCGUGAUUUGCUCGAACAACAACGCAUCGAAUCGGAAGGCUUACUUAAUUUGAUCGAGAAACAAAAGCUGGAUCUGGAAUAUGAGUUGGAUCGAGUAUUGGGCGAACGGGACGGAUUGCAGAUGACACUGGAGAAAAAGAGUUCCUCGAAUGAACAUCUCGAAACGGAAAUCAAACAACUGAAGGAAUCGGUCGCAGAGCUAGAGCAGGAACGCGAUAAACUGAAAAGCAACGUGUCCGACCAGGCGGUAGAUUUAGCUGCUCUGAAGAAGGAACUGAUUUCGGCCGAACAGACCCGGCUGGAUCUGGAUUCCGACAAGCUGACCAUCAGUGAACGGCUGAAGUGUCUCGAGAUGGAAAAAGAUAAAAUCGAGCAGGAACUGAGCUGUGUUGGUCGCGAGAGAAACGAUCUGAACAAUCAAAUAGCAACGAUCUCUCGGAAGAAGGAAACGAUUGGAGAGGAAGUGAUGCGUUUGAGGCAACGACUCGAGCAGGCCAAUGAAAUGAAUGCUCGGCUGAACCGGAAUCUGGAGGAACUGGUCAAGGAAAGCGAGGAACGGGCCGUGCUUAUCGAAGUACAGGAAAAAGAUUUGCAACGUUUACAGGAACAACUAGCUUCCCUUCGUAGCGAGAAAGAUUCGUUGGAAGCGGUACUGUUCGAUACCAAUACGUCUCUGGAGGAAGCAGAAACUAGAAAAGAUACACUGGAAAGGGAAAACCAGGAUUUGCUCAUCAAACAGGAAUCGCACAAAGCCCUGAUAGCCCGGCUGAACAAGGAUUUGGAAAAUGCGGAACGUCGGGCACAGGACAUCAAAAUACAACUAACUAAUGCAGCUGCGAACCAGGAGGCAGAAUUUCUACAGAAACUGUCGAACCUGCGCACGUUCGGGGAGGAAAAUAUAAAAAAACUGAACGAUGAGAAGGAAGCGAUUCGCUGUUCGUUGGAAAAACGAAUGAGUCAAGCGUUGCAGGCUCUGCAAGAAUCCAAGGAUGCCGAAAUUCAAACCCUGAAGGAUCAAUUCGAAGCACUGCAGUUGCAUCUGGAAGCACUGAAUCAGCAGCACGAGGAAACGAUUCUUCGGGCCGAAAACGAAAAACAACAGGCCCUGUUGAUUGCCCAUCGGGACAAGCAAGCCGUCAUGGAGCGGUUGGACGGUGUUACGCGUGAUCUUAAACUCGAGCUAGACAACAGUGAUCGGUUGAAGCGAGAGAUGAGUGCCCGACAGGAGAAGGAUCGUACCACGAUCGGUUGUCUGCGCGAAGAGAUUUCCAAGAUACGAGCGAAAAUGGAGGAAGCUCGUAUACGAGCCGAGGAAGAACUGAACCGGCUGGGAGUUCUGCAAGGGGCUCUGCGUGACGAGAAGGAUAUUGCGCUGAAAGAGAUUGAAGAAUUGAAAGUUCAAACGAGACUGGUUGAGGAUCGGUGCGACACGGUCAAUUUACAGCUGCAGGAUACGCAACGGAAGUUGAAAGAAGCUGAAAAUUGUAUUGACAGUACCAGGAAGGAAUUGACCGACACUCGUAGAACAUUGACCGACAGCAACAUCGAACGGGACAAGUAUGCCAACAGUAAUAAAGAACUGCGAGAUCAUGUCAAGCGGGUUGAAGGACAACGUCGAGAACAGGCCAGAUCAAUGGAUGAUGCUCUGCAAAAAAUCGCAGGCCUCGAGGAAUCGCGAAACUUGCUAGAGCAGGAAAAAGUUCGACUGCAGACGAUCCUCAAAGAAACGGAAAACAAUAUGACCAAAACGUAUCAGGAGCUUUCGGCCGCCCAGAGUAACCUACAGAAGUUCCAGACACAGUCGACGCAGAACGACGCUGCCGAGAAGGAACUGCAGGCUCGGCUGACGAAUGAGUCCGAGGAGAAGGAACGAAUUUUGCAAGAACUGCAUCAGAUCAAGAAACAGAUGGCCGAUUUGGAGGGUUCGCUGUGUGCUACCCGGCAGGAGCUAGGUCGAGCACGAUGCAAGGCUAAUCAAGACGAACAUCGGUUCCAUCAGCGUGAGCAAGAGCUUUGCGCAAGAAUCGAGGAUGGCAGAGGGCGUGAGAAACGACUGGAAGAUCAGAAGCACAACUUGGAAGUUUGUCUGGCGGAUGCUACGCAGCAAAUUCAGGAACUGAAGGCACGUUUGGGUGGAUCCGAAGGUAGGGUACGAGCCCUCGAUGAACAGUUGGCUCAAUUAGAUGCCAUUAAGAAGGAUACAGAAAAUAAACUGAGUUCGAUUGGUCAUACGCUGAGAAGAAUUGCCGGUAUCCAAAUGGAUGGUUCGGUUAGUUUGCCGUAUCGGCUUUUAAGUCCGUCAAGAAGAUAUAGUCCAGCAAGAGGUCGAAGCGAACGGGACGAGUUACAACAUCACCAUCACCAUCACCAUCAUCAUCAUCAACCGCACGAUACCCGUAGUUUGUCCGGUGAUAAUGCCAUCAUCGACGUUGAUCCCGAGAUGGUUCGCAAGGGCGUACGCACUCUGAUGCAGCAGGUCGCUCAAAUCGAACGCGAAAGAGACGAUGUCAAGGUGCAGCUUUGUUCGGCCAAGAAACAACUUCAGGAAGCCAGUGACGGUCAGGUUCGGUUAGAAAGUAAAAUCUGCAAACUGCAACAGCACAAUCGAGCUGUUCAUGACGAUAAAAUUAACCUGGAGGCAAAGUUGGCCCAAAAGGUAAGUGCACUGUUGGCGACGGAGGAAACGCUGCGACAGAAAACCGAUGAAUUGACCGUUACCCGAGAGAAAGCCGCCCACCUGGAGCAGUCGUUGGGAAGUACAACGGAAGAGAAGGGUCAACUGGAAGAACGGCUGGAAAAAUGUCGUCAACAUGCGUGUAGGCUAGAGUCCGACAAGCGACAUCUUCAGGACGAACUGACCAGAACCGAAGGUCGUGCGUCGAAGUUAGAUCUACAGCGUGUGGCACUGGAAGGAGACAUUCAACGUCUUCAGAUGGCACUCCAGGAGAAGGAUUGUACCAUCAGAAACGUCCAAGAGCGACUGGAAAAUCUUCAGCGGACCAGUUCUCAGCUUGAAGAUCGUUGUACCGCUCUCAAGAGUACGGUUGAUCAACUGAAGGAACGGUUGCAAGCGGCUGCAAUUACCGAAACUGAGUUGCGCGGGGAAAUCGCUGGAUUGCAUCGACAUACCUCCGAUCAGGGACACACUUUUGCACUGGGACAAGAUAAACUGAAGCAACUGCAGAAGUCUCUGACCAACAGUGAAAACGAACGUCGCAUCCUUUCGGAACGUUUGGAUGCUACGCAGCAUACGGUGAAUGAGCUCAGACGCAAUCAGCAGACCGCACAGGACCAAACGCAACGCCUACAGGAACAGUUGGCAGAGUGCGACGUGCAAAAAUCAGCACUGGAAUCACAACUGCGGUUGGCCAAGUGGAAUCAGGAAAAUGCGGAACAGUUUGGCAGUACCACCGGUGGCGAUCAGGAUCUUGCACGUCAGUUGGUAAAUUCGCAACGGGAUCGCACCGAACUGCGAAAUAAGGUUGAAGCUUUGCACGAAAAGGUUCGCCAUUUGGAAAAUGAAAGACGCGGCUUGGAGAAGGGCAGCAAAUUUUCCGGCCAUGUGCAGUUCGAUCGGUCGGAAAAGAUGUCUGCCGAUUGUGGUGAAUUCGAUUCAAACCGAUUGGAAUCGGGUAGCAUGGGCGGGUCAACGUCAACAGGUUUGAAGUUCAGCUGUGGUCUCGAUCAUACCCAGAUCGAGCACGAGAGCCGUGAGCUGCGAAUGAAAGUACGUCGCCUGGAGACGCUACUGGCGGAAAAGGAAGCCGAGCUGGCUAGGGCUAAAGCAAAAUCCCUGGAGUCCCCUUUGAAAACUGGAGGGUGUGGAAGCGGUGACGUGGAACGCUACCGAAGUGCACAAAUUCAGGCGGAACGAUUGCUGGAUGCCAGAGAGCAAUCGCACCGGCAGCAGGUGUUACGGUUGGAGAAUCAAAUUUCCAUGCUGAGAGAACAACUGGCUCAGGAAGCCAAGCGCCGACAGAUGUAUAUCCUGAGAAGUUCGCGCGCCGGCAGGGAGAUGCAACAGUUGCGACAGACGCUGGGAGAUUCGUUACGAAAUGUGGCUCAGGAACCGAUCGAUUCUACGCUGCUGGAGUGUGAAGCACGACGGUUGGACACAGCCGUUUCGAUGAGUUUACCGCCGACGAGUUUCCGAGACUACGAUCGUAGCCUGAGCCCGACCUAUCGUUAAGCGGUGAGUCCGAAAAAAAUCAAACUUAAACAUCAUCGCAAGACCAACAUACCGCCUUACCAAAAUAAAAUAGCUUUGCAAAUUCGCAAAGUUCAUCAGAAAAUGUUCGUAAAGUUAAAAUGCAGACAAGAUUAUUGAUUUUUGAAACAGUUUUCUACAUAAACGGAUCUCUAUAAAGUAAAGGAAAAAUAUUUAUUACAAUCCAUGCGCAAUUAAGAUAUUAUAAUACAUGCAUUUGUUGGUAGUUAGUUCCUUGAGUAGUAAGGAUACGUAUUGAAAUGAUAAAUAAGAAACAUCGAAAGUGUUUUCAAGUUUUCACACACUAAUCAUUAACUUGUUUAAUAUGACAACAAUCAAAACUACAUAACUCGACUCACUAGUCUUCUUUUCGCAUUUGGAAAAGAAGAUAUGUUGCAAUCGUAUUUAAUAUAAAACCAAUGAUAUAACCGAAUAGAGCUCAAACCGUUUAACUACAUAACUUCUAAAUAGGAUUGGUUCCAUCUAUUCUUCUUUAAGAAUAUUUUGCGGAAUCGAAUAACGCCACUUUAGCUGUUAGUUUGGAUUGAAUGAAUCAGUACAAAACACGUGUGAAAAGCUUCGCGGCACUGAUUUUACUCUGGGGUCAAAUUCAUAUGUUCAGACCCAGAACAAUGUUAUUCCGAGUGGAAAAUGGAAAACUGUCCACCGAGACCGCGAUUUCACAAAUCAAUAACUGCCGCAUACAUACCAUUUCUAUAAACUUAAACAUUAAAAAAAACUAAUUACAAAUAGGCUUUUUGCAGCUCCUGACCACUUAGAAUAAAGUAGUACCCGAGGGGGACGACAGAUCCGGAUUAUACAAAAGAAAUGAAAAAAGUCGUCAAAAUAUAAUGAAAUUGCAUUUACCUCUAAUAAGACAUCUAAUCGUUCAAAAGCGUAUCUAACCGUUCAGAAGUGUGUCUAACCGUCAGUAAGAAAGUCGAAGCACAUGCGAUCUCCAGAAGAGUUUUUUAUAUUUAUUAGUGACAUUUAACGAGUUGUCAAGGUGGAUCAAUAAAUCAAGAAUAGUGAAAUUGUGUUUUUAAUGUAUUGUAUUCAUUAAGUGGAUAGUUUGAUUUGUUUGACAAGAAUUCGAAACUGCAUGAUCUUUAGGGGCAUAGGAAAACCUGAUCAUGAGCAAGGAUCUAUUAAUGAAAUGGAUUGGUUUCCUUUAUUCGAAAACAUGGAAAAUCCGAAACAUUUCGUUUGUCACAUUUGGAGAGGUAUUCUUGAGAUUCGAUAGUGAGAGCUCGAUAAAAAUGAAAAUAUUUGCAUACAUGAUUAUUCUGUGCUGCUAUACUGCUUAUGGAUUCUUUAUCGAAAAUUAUUAAUAUUAUUUGUUAUUUAUUAUUAAAAUUAUUAAAAUAUUGAUAUUUGUUUUGUAUUACUUUUGUAUCGCAACUAUUAUAUUCUUAAGAUCCCCAGUAUUUAAUGAAAAUGACUGAACAUCAAUCAAAAGUUUCUUAGAUCAAUUUGUGGUAUGAACUUUUUAUAAGAUCUCUAUCACUGCUUCCUUAAUACUUAAUACUGCGACAACAAGCAUUUUCCAGGCAUUUCUGGGGGCAUUCAUCCCUGGCACAACGUUUAAGGGGGGGAAGCGAACCAAUCCUUGAGAACUUUUGUUUUGCUCGUCCAAGUGAUCUCUCCGGAGAUGCAGCUCAGUCUCAUUACACCAACGAUGGGGGCAGCAAAACUUAUUUUGCCACGGGUGUCAAAUUUCCUCGGUAACACACUGACCAUAAUAAUUGCUAUUUGGCUGACAGUAAAGGCUUAUUUACUUUCGAAAUAUCUCAACAUCCAGUACUUUUUGUGACUGUAAUAAGAAAAUAGUUAUCGACAUUCACGAGUAUGAAAAAGAGGAAUUACAUCUCACGAGUGUGCUGUGUUUAACUUCCUAGAGCUGCGUUGAAUUUUCUGUUGAGACAGGUUCUGUAUUGGAUGCUUCUGUAUAUAUUUGAAAUUUACUAAAUCUUCUAGAGAACUUUUACUUCAAAGACCGCUGGUUGACUAGAACACAUAGUCAACAUUAUAGUAAUUCGUACGUUAUCCUUGUCCACAUUGAAAAAUAAUCCUACAAAUUAUUGAUUUCAGUACACUAUUCAGAAAACCUCAAUUAAUAAUUAUUAUAUAUAUACCGUGACCACUUGAGAGUUACCAUGGGUUCUGUGUAUCAAUUUUGGAAAUACACGAUUUUUUUCUAAUUAUAGUGUCAGUUUUAUUUACAUAUGUAAAUACUGGUAAUAAUAAUAAGGUAUAAAAUCUCCAUGGUUAUAGUUUCAACCAGCAAAAACUCAACAAAAGACGAUCGAUCCGUCUCCAACCGUUACUAUGUGUAACAAAGAUGAACAAGUGUCUGCAAAGAUAUGCACAACUGAAAAAAGAGGACAAAUCCUUUUGGAUCUGAAUUGCAUUUGUUAAGUGUCGUCCCCCUCGGUAGUACCAAUAACCUACAAUAAUACACGGCUACAAAUAUACUGCCCAUACUUGCAUGUCAGUCCCAUGUGGCCUACUAGGUUUUACUCAUUCUUGACAUACCCUCACAGAAUAAGUCGGAUGAACGUUUGUCCUCUAUCAGUGGUUUGUUUACAUGUUCAUUCCAAUUUAAAUUCAUUCGGAUUUUUGACGUCAAAGCUAACCUCAAAAUUGUUUUCAUCCUCGUAAGGCAACUUGAUUCAAUACUAGAUAAAGCUCAUGUUAACAGUCUUACUGAACUAUCAAGGAUGGAUCGCUGCUAGUUUCGUAAUAGAUCCUAUAAUUUAGAUAAUAAUGCUUUCUGGAGAUGACGAAUCCUGAAAUGGGACUGGUAUGUUGCUAUAGGCAGUUCACAUGUAGAAUAGAAUUAGUAGAUGAAUUUCAAUCAGUAAUUAUCACUGCCAAUCCUUUGCAUUACAUUGAAACUACCGUUCUUUUUUAUCAUAGGCCCCCAAACUAGUAGAUUUAGUAGACUCGAACAACAAAUAGUCAAAUAGUGCAAGACCAAAAAUAGAAAACAUAAAAUCC